AGCAUAUCUUGGGACUCGGCGUGCCAGCCCGUCGCGUCCGGCGUACGAUCUGGGCUUGACCCCUGAAUCCCGUAGCCGUUUCUGCUCGAGCAUUGGGGGCCCCAAUUUCAGGUGCCCGUUUUGACGCCAAUAUUCUGCAGGGAACACAUGGCGGCCGCAAGAGCAGCCCUGGCAGCCCUCCGUGGUGGUGCCGCAGGGGCGCGCCGCGGCGCCGCCCAGCCCUGGGCGCGCCCGCUGUGCUCCACCGCGCCGCUGUGGGGCGAGCACACCGGCACCGUGAAGUUCUUCCACGCGGAGAAGGGGUUCGGGUUCAUCAGCGGCCCGGACGGCCAGGACUAUUUUGUGCACUACACCGCCAUCCAGAAGGACGGCUUCAAGUCCCUGGCCGAGGGCGAGCAGGUGGAGUUCGACCUGGAGCCCGACCCGCGCAAGGGCGGCCAGCGCGCCGCGAACGUGACAGGCCCCGGGGGCGCGGCCGUGCAGGGCGCGCCGAAGCGGGAGGCCGAUGAGCAGUGGUGAGGCGGCGCGCUGGGGGGGUUCGGUAGGGCGGCAGCAGCGAGCCGGCGAGGGGGCGGGGGGAGGACGAUGUUGACAACUAAGGCCUUGACCCGAACGUGAAAAACAAAGUAAUGGCGGGGCGUAGCAUGAAGCAGGAGCAGCCGCG